AAUACUUCCGGGAGGUCUCGUUUGCGUUCUCUUCCUUCACUUGAGUUGAGUAACUUGCAUACAACUAAAAUGCAGUUAAAUUAAUUUACUAUGAAAUAAUAAUGUACCAGGCAAGGGACAAGGUUCUCUUUUGUGGAGGGGGGCAGAUAGUUCCAUGUUUCUACGGGGACAUUAUGAAAGACGGACUGUCAUUAGUCAUUUGUAAACAGUCCCAUGUGUGCUAACCGGUGCCAACGUGUAUCUACGUCAGCGGGAUGGACUUUUAGCAGGGCACCUACAUUUUUUUUUUUUUAAAUAACCUCUAUUGAAAUUGUCUAUUUAGAGACCGCCCUAAGUAUAGGCUAGCUAUGAAAUUGCUUUUUCUUGCUUGCCUCAGUCCAAAAACUGGAAACUGCACCACAGCUAAGAGAAUAAGCUACACUCUUGAUUUCAGGACACAUAUUGAGUCUGCUGGUCACACAUGUGAACUUCGAGAUGCCGCGGAUUUCAAGUCUUCGGCAGAGGUGGCCAGUUUGAUAGAGCAGAAGCCACCUUUCGAGGGUGCAAUUGCCAUUCACCUCUUCAAAGCAGGCAGGCUCCUUUUAGAUAUCCAAGUGCCCUUUGGAGUAGUCUUCGGAGGGACAGACAUUAAUGAAGAUGUUAAAGUUGAGCAGAAGCGUGCAGUUAUGGAGCAGGUGCUGCUCAAAGCCAGAUUUGCUGUUGCAUUUACUGACAAACUGAAAGAAGAGGCUGAAGUAUAUAUGAUGUCACAAAGCAACAAAAUCUACAUCCAGCCUCAAGGGAUCAAGACUGAGGUGGCUACAAGCUUCAGCUGGUGGGAAUUUCUAAAGAGCUCAGGUCUGCCUGGGGAGGGCGUGGAGGACACGCAUGUGUUCCUGCUGGUCUGUGGCCUGAGGAGAGUGAAGGAUCCUCUCUAUCUGCUGGAGGCGUUCUCAGAGUGGCACACUGAGAAUCCCCUGGCAGUCCUUAUCAUCAUCGGGCCUAAGAUUGAUCCUUUGUUUACCGAGGAAGUCGAAGCAAUAACUAAAAGGUCUGCAGGGGUCUACCUGGCCCAGGAAAGGAGCCAAGAGGAGCUCCACGCUGCGAUGAGGAAGUCAUUUGCUGUGGUUAACAGUUCAGUUUCCGAGGGGAUGUCUGCUGCCAUUUUAGAGGCAAUGGAUCUGGAGGUACCCGUGGUGGCACGUGACAUCCCAGGCAACACAGCGCUGGUGCAACAUGAGGUCACUGGUCUGCUCUACUCGUCCCCUCAGGAGUUUGUGAGUAUGUCUAAGAGGCUGCUGUUAGACAAGGAGCUGCGAGAUCGUGUGGUGAAGAACGGGAAACGUUACGUUAGGGAGCACCACAGCCUGGACCAUGAGAGGAAGGCUUACCAGAAGCUGAUGGACACACUGCACUGAGGUUUAGCCAAUUAACCCACUCCUCUGUCUCAACCCUAUUAUCACUCAGGAAUGACACCAACGUUGGCCUACACCUUCUCUUCACCUGGGGCUUUACACCUCGGCCUAAGCUCUGUUGCUGCUUUGUAACUACACCGAGUUACAGCUGGGUCACAUUAAAAAGGCCACAAGGGAUAAAUAGAUUUUAUCAUCAGGUAUUACAUAGGUCAAUAUUGAAUUCCAGUGGUAAAUGAUGUCCCUUGACUUUGGCACAUGUAAAAUGUGUGAGAGCAUAUUCUGAUCGAUCCUACGAUGGCAAAUUAAAGGCCAGUUUUUAUAUCUUCUUAACCUUUUGUAAUGGAGUGGGGAAAUACGCUCAGGUAUUGAAAGUGUGAUUUUGUUCUGACUAGAGGUGGCGCGGUUGACGGGAAAAACCUGUCAUGCAAGCUCAUUGCGGCCAUAUUGUUUUUGCUAGACUGAUGGAAAAUAUAGGUUAAAGAAAUGGGCACAUGGAUGCCACAUACAAAUUUUUGGGGGAUUGGACCAACGGUUCCUUUUAUUGUUUUACAUAUUUUAUGUAUCUCGAGCUGAAGUUUUAUGCAGACGAAUAGCACUCGGCACAGUCAAACCUGAUUAGCAGAUCGAAAUGAGAGGGAGCGGUCCAAGGCAGAGUAGCAUGACAGGAAUGGUCUCAUAGUGAUGCCCUUGUCACACUGUACAAUGCACCUCUUAUGGUGGGUCAAGUACAUGCAAGCUAACUGUCGUCCAUUACAUGCUUUUUUAUAAAAAGUAUAGAUGCCGUGAUGCUACUCUCUAAAUUGUAUAUCAUAUUUUCCAAAUAGAAUGUUAGUCAUUAAAAGAUUAUGGAAGUUAAUCUAUGAAAAAUGUGUAUACUCUAAUGGAAGUUAAUCUAUGAAAAAUUUGUAUGCUCUUUCUUAUUGAUGUACCACGUUCUAUAAAAAAAGAUGGUUAAA